UCCAUUGACAUGCAGUCUGGUCUAUUUAAAUUAGAAGUCCAGCUGUCUGAUAUGUAUAGCUGAUUCAACUAACACAAUACUUUCUUUUGCCAUGUCUAGCUUAGCAAUAAAAAUUGAUGAAAACUCGAUCCCGAGAGAUGACAUGGCAAAUGCAAUGAUAAAUAGGAAGUUACAUAAGUGUGUGAGGCAGGACAAUAUUGAGGCCUUUCAAAGCCUUGUCGAGCAACAUUUAACAGAGAAGCUUGUGACUCCCAGUGGGAAUUCAUUACUUCAUGUAGCUGUAAGCUAUGGAAGUGACAAUAUUACAUCUUAUCUGGCUCGAACGUUUCCUUCUCUAAUCACCAUCCAAAACAGCCAGAAGGACACAAUCCUUCAUCUUGCUGCCAGAGAAGGAAAGGCCAGUCAUACAAUUAAAUCUCUUGUGGAAUUGAAUCCGAGCUUGAUCAGGAAGAAAAAUACAAAGGGAAACACUCCUUUGCAUGAUGCAGUGAUCACCGAUAACAAAGAAGUUGCCAAACUCCUAGUGUCCAGCUAUCCAGAAGUGGCCUAUUACAACAACAAUAAUGGCAAGUCUCCUUUAUAUCUGGCAGUUGAGAACGGCAAUAAGAAAAAGAUACUUGAUGAUCUCUUGAAAACGGAAGUUUCGUUCCCUAUAAAAAGUGAAGAUGGUGAUGCCGUACCAAAAGGAAAGUCCCCUGUUCAUGCUGCCAUCAAGCAACGUAACAGAGAUAUUUUGGAGAAAAUUGGAAAGGAAAAGCCAGAGCUAUUACGUCUCACCGAGGAAGAGUUGGGAAAUUCACUGCAUUAUGCAUCAUCCAUAGGUUUUCUGGAAGGAGUUCGAUUCCUAUUAAAGAAGUUUCACGAUGGUGCUUAUGAAACAAACCGUCAAGGCGACUAUCCUAUCCAUGUAGCAUGCAAAAGUCACUCUGUUGAUGUAGUGAAGGAAUUUCUUGAUAUAUUCCCAUAUCCAAAAGAAUUCCUCAAUAAGGAAGGGCAGAACAUUCUUCAUGUAGCGGCCAAAUAUGGAAACGGCAGUGUGGUUAGGUACAUACUCAAACAGGAACAGAAGCUCGUCGCACCGCUGCUAAAUGCGAUAGAUGAGGAUGGAAAUACACCUUUGCACUUGGGAGCAUUUUAUGGCCGAUGCACGGCUACAUUUCUUCUUGUGCGUGACAAUCGCGUUGAACAUUUCAUUGUUAACAAUAGAAAUUGGACACCAUAUGAGUUGGCUGAAGAAUCUUCCAAAAGAUCUGAAGAGAAAUACAUAAAAACAGAUGAAAUGCGUGCCGAGGAACGAAAGCAGUUUGAUUCAAAGAACAGUAUCCCUGCGCACGAGAUCAAGGGCAAAGAAGUUGAUUCACAUAAGAUGGAUACAAAAGAGGCAUCACCAAAGGACGAAAUAACGGUUCUGUAUUGUCAGAUGGUGAUAACAUUAUCGAUCUUAUUCUUCAAUGCCUGCCCUAAGAAAUCCCGCAAGGAGAUUUUCCCUGUUAUUCAACUACCCAUGUCACGAGCAAAAGAGGAAAUAAAGAGCAUGGUAGGGAAUCUUCUGGUGGUAACAGUUCUUGUUGCUGGUGUAACCUUUGCCGGUGCUAUACAAUUGCCACAAUUAAGGGAUAAAGAUAAGUCACGUGAAUUCAACUGCACUUAUGAGAAACUUCUGUGUGGUUAUUUAUUUCUCGAUGUGGGGGCUUUAUCUACCUCUCUGGUAGGAGCUCUAAUCCUUCUCUGGUCAAACUUCAGUUAUCCCAAAUUUCAAAUCCCUGCAGUUAAGUUUUCAAUCUCCAUGGUUUGUUUGGCUAUUGUCAUGAUGUUCGGAGCAUUCUUUGUUUCUGUGAGAAUAGCAUUACUAGGAUCCCAUGGUGGGUUGUUAACAAUCAUCGUAGAAGUGGUGGCCGUUAUGUUUUUCAUUGCUCAGGCAUUCCUUGUUUUUCCUUGGAUUAUCCCGCUAGAAUUCAACCACGUUCUUCUACAGUUUCUCUUGCACUGUUUCAACUACAGCUUUUUUUUAAUGUUUAUCUACAGUCGCUGGUGGCUGCCUAAGAAACUCUCUGAUCUCAAGAUAAGGCACCAAUUUAGUAAGAUCGGAGGUCGGGAUUUUGGGGGAUAACAUCUUGGAUUGUGUCUGUCUAGCGAUUGUGGUAAUAAUUUGAACUUGUAAUAACUAAUGAGUUUCCAAUUGAAUGUAUGCGCACUUGUACUUUUUUUAUUUUAAGCAUGCAUUUACU